AUGAACCCUGCCCGCCACGAGGCGCUCACAUGGGAAGAAUUCAAGGAAGAGGUGUACGACAAGUACAUUCCCAUGAGCUAUAGACGGGCGAAGAUAGUGGAGUUCCACACCCUGAAACAGGGAAACAUGACGGUGACGGAGUACGACCGUGCUCUUUGUGAAAUGACCCGAUAUGCGCCCGAGUUAGUGGACACCGAUGAGAAGAUGACCGCAAAAUUCCGUUCUGGCCUUAGACACGAGAUAAGGGUAGCCAUGGCCAGCCGCAGAGGAAUCUCGUACUCUGAAAUUUUGAGUUGCGCUUUAGAUGUGGAAGAAGCACUACCAAAGGACGAGACGACGGUGAAUCCUACACCACCAACACCUCAACCAAACUAUCGAGACAAGAGGAAGUGGGAAGACAACCGAGCUCCUUAUGACAACAAGCGACACCGUUCUACUUUUCGCCAGACGCAAGACUAUGACCGGCAAGCCAUGCCACAGCCGAGAGGGAAUCAACAGAAGGCACCCCACUGCAACCGGUGCUCCAAGUACCACUUUGGCGAGUGUAGAGCUGGAGGCAUCCGAUGCUUCACUUGUGGUGGAAAUGGACAUAUGUCUCGAGAGUGCCCGAAUAACAACAAAGGAGGAAUGUGGAAUAGGCAGGGACAUGGGGAACAACAGCAACAACCACAACCCAUUCGACAGGUGGCCCCACAGCAAGCGAGAGCGUACGCGCUGAAAGGAAAUGAAGGGCAGGAACAGCAAACCGACAAGGACUGA